CAUACAUAUAUCUACAUAUGUAUAAUAGUAAUUUGUAUAUGUGGUUGUUCUUGGCUGUCACGAUAUUCAGUACAAAUUAAACGUCAUAUUUCUUAACAAGGAGUUUAGUAGUUUUUAAUUUAGUAUCGUACCGUUUUUAGCUCUUUCAGAUAUAAAUAUGUCUUCAUGGAAGAAAGCUGCAAAAGCAACACAGAAAACUCAUAGAGAGAGGCAUCAGCCGGAAGCUCGAAAACAUUUGGGCCUCUUGGAAAAGAAAAAGGAUUAUAUUGCCAGAGCUCGAGAUUAUCAAGAAAAGCAACAGACAUUAAAACUUCUGCGUAAACGUGCUUUGAAUAAGAAUCCAGAUGAAUUUUACUUUCACAUGAUUAAUUCCAAAAUUGAGAAUGGGGUGCAUAGAGAAAAGAACAAGAAUGACACAUCUACUUUUGAACAGAUACAGUUAAUGGAGACUCAAGACAUGCGUUAUGUUGCUCAUAAAAGAACCAUAGAAGCCAAGAAAAUAGACAAACUUCAAAGUCAAUUACAUAUGAUUGAUGUUGCAAAUGAAACUCCAAAUAAACACACAUUCUUUGUAGAUAGUUCAGAAGAAGCUAAAAACUUUGACUUAGCUAAACGAUUGGAUACCCAUCCAGCAUUACUUUCCAGACGCACAAACAGACCAAAGCUGAGUAGAUUAAAGGAUAUGAAAUUACCAGAUAUCGAUGAAAAAACUUUGAAUAAAAUUGAACAACAAAAACAUAUGGCUUACAUGGAGCUGCAGAAAAGAAUCAACAGAGAACAAGAGUUGACCAUUGUGCAACAGAAAUUAGAAAUGCAAAAGGCACUGAAAGAUAAGAAAGUGACAAAACCAAAACUAAUCAGUAAAGGUACAAAGAAUUCUGCUCCACUGUACAAGUGGAAAUACGAAAGGAAGCGAUAA